GUCUGUAAUGCUGAAGAACAGCAGAUGCUGCAGACACCAGCGGAGAUUGAAGUGAAGCUGGAGGAGAUAAAAGAAGAAAUCACGGCAGAGGAACAACGGAGUGAUGAAGUUGGUGAUUUUUUUCCUUCAGAGCUGAUGGAAGUGAAAGAGGAACAUCAAAAACUGAAUGAAGUGGAGGAAAAACUUCAGUAUCAGAAACAUCAUGAUUUUACAACUUCACAUAAAAAGUCUUUGAGUUUCUCAAAGACUAAGAAGAAAUUCUCUCUUAAAAAGCCUCAAAGAAGAGCAGCCAAGGAAUCUUCCGCUUGCUCUCAGUGUGGAAAGAGUUUCACAUAUGCAGGCCAUCUCAAGAAUCAUCUCUGUUGUCACUCUGGAGAAAGACCAUUUGAAUAUGCCAAGUGUUGUAAACCAUUUGUGUUGGAUUCAGUUCUAAAACAACAUCUGAAAACACUCACAAAUGAGAAGCCUUACAAGUGUUCUUCUUGUGAAAGUAGCUUUUCACACCUGUCCCAUUUUAAAGAUCAUCAGAAAAUACAUAACUGUGCCAGGGCCUAUAUGUGCUUUGAAUGUGGAAAGACUUAUAUGAAAGUCAACAAUUUGAAACGGCACCAAAAAAUUCAUGCUGGACUGAAACCUUACAAGUGCUCAAACAGUGGAAGGAGUUUCGCUCAGUCAGAACACAUGAAAACAAACGCGAGAAUUCAUACUGGAGAAAAACCUUGCAAGUGCUCACACUGUGGAAAGAGUUUCACUCAGUCACAUGACCUGAAAAAACAUGAGAGAAUUCAUACUGGAGAAAAACCUCACAAGUGCUCACAAUGUGGAAAGAGUUUCACUCAGUCAGAUCACCUAAAAUCACACGAGAGAAUUCAUACUGGAGAAAAACCUCACAAGUGCUCACAAUGUGGAAAGAGUUUCAAUCAGUCUCAAAACCUGAAAACACACGCGAGAAUUCAUACUGGAGAAAAACCUCACAAGUGCUCACAAUGUGGAAAGAGUUUCACUCAGUCACAUGACCUGAAAAAACAUGAGAGAAUUCAUACUGGAGAAAAACCUUACAAGUGCUCACACUGUGAAAAGAGUUUCACUCAGUCAGAACACCUGAAAAGACACGAGAGAAUCCAUACUGGAGAAAAACCUCACAAGUGCUCACAAUGUGGAAAGAGU